AUGCGUCGAACAGAUUCGACGUUAUUUGCCCCAUAUCGCUCGAUGGGAGUGGUAUGCUCGGAUGUGAGACCAGUUGUUCGACCGAAUGAAUCCAAAACGAGGAUGACUUCACUAAUUUGUCCGGUUGAUAACGUUGUUAUGCACUAUAAAGCAGAAAAGUUGCGACUUAUAGGUAUAUCUGACGUGUUACCAGAUAUAAUUACGGCAGUUGCAGCUGAUCGAAAUGGAGUUUAUGCUGCUGCCGGCACCUCAAUAGCUGUGAUGAAAACCUGCCGUCAUAUUAGCCGAUACAUUGAUGUGGGCGCUAAAACGAAGUUCAUGAAAGUAUUGGGCGAUAAUAUGUUACUAAUCGACGACAAAGAUGGGAUCAGAGUUAUCAACAUCCCGGAUGGUCAAGAAAUCCUUCAUAUGGAAGGUUCGAGAGAAUUCCAAAUAACUGCUAUGGUGCAUCCAAGCACUUACAUGUACAAGAUUCUUCUUGGUUCCUCUCUAGGAACGAUGCGACUUAUUAAUUUUCGUACAGGUCGUAUUAUUCACGAAUUUUCAAAAGGGUUUGAGUCACCAAUAACUGUGUUAGAGCAGUCUCCUGCUGUUGAUGUCAUUGCUGUUGGUCUAGUAAAUGGUCAUAUUUUCCUACAAAACGUGCGGAUUGAUGAAACCAUUUGCAAAUUCCGGCAUGAGAAAUCGAUUUCUGCAGUUGGAUUCAGGAAUGAUGGCAAACCACUUAUGACAACUGCAGACAUCGGAGGUGACAUAGUGGUAUGGGAUUUGGAAAAGCGCCAACUAAUAGGUAAAAUCUCUCAUGUCCACCACGCCGCUGUCACUGAGCUCUAUUUUAUGCCCGGAGAGCCUGUUAUGGUGUCUGCAUCUGCUGACAAUUCACUUCGGACGUGGGUUCUAGACGGUGCCGAUGGAAUGCCUCGACAACUUGUUAUUCUCGAAGGACACGCGGAGAGUGUAACAGCUGUGCAGUUCAAUGGAAAGCAAGAGGUUCUGUCUUCUGGACUAGAUGGUUCCGUUAGAAAGUAUAUGGUAAACGUCGAAACUAUGAGACAAAAGCUGGGGAGCGCAGGAAUUAUGUCAAGGGCAAAAGCGAAGAAAAGGCAUAUUCCAAUAGAAAAUAUCAAAAUGGAGCCCGUUAUUGACAUGGCAGUAGGGUGGAGCAGAGAAGCGGCGUGGGAUAAUGUUUUGUGCAGGCACAAGGACACUCUUCUUGUAACCACAUGGACUACAAGAAAAAAUUCUCAGGGAACGCAUAAGUUGGUGCACAAAAGAUUUACUAAAGACGCUUCACUCUCCAAAGCCACAGCAACGGCAAUCGCUCUUUCUCCUUGUGGAAAUUUCGCUUUUAUCGGUUAUUCUACAGGUCACGUCGAUCAAUUUAACAUACAAAGUGGUCGUCACGUGAAGACUUUUGCGAAACAAGCAGAUCAAGAAGGAGAACAGAGCGAAAAGGAGAAUUCAGAGCAUCAGAAAGCUCACGAUUCAAAAAUCACUGCAUUAGUGGUGGAUUCCCGUGGCUCAGAACUCAUCACCGGCUGCUAUAGUGGAAAGCUAAAAUAUUGGCAAGCACGCACCGGCAAGCUGUUGGCGACGAUGAGAACAAGACUUCGUAUUGAACGAUCAGCACCUUGUACCGCCAACAGUUUAUUAGCAGUCGUUUGCAUUGGAGAUGAAGGUGCUUCUGUUGCCGUUGUCGACACAUUGUGUCGUCGUGUCGUUCGAACUUUCUCAUCUGUUGGUGGUUCUGUAAAUGCAGUGACCUUCUCAAGCGAUGGACGGUGGCUUUUAACUGCUGAUAACAGCAAAUAUAUCAGGGUUUGGGAACUUUCCACGUCUCAGUUGAUAGAUGUUAUGCUGUUCGAUAGACCGUGUAUAGGAAUGUCAUUUAACAACUCAGGGGAGUAUUUGGCUACUAUUCAUGAGGACGAAAAAUCCAUCUUCAUUUGGGCAAAUAAGAAAAUGUAUGCAUCUCACGUCAAUAUAAGGGCACUUCCGCUUGAUUAUCUGCCAACAUGGAAAUCACAUGUUCCUGAAGUUGGUGUCAACACAUUUGUUAUUGACGACGAAAGUGAAGAAUGGGAAAGCAGUGAACAGAUUGAUUCAUCACUAGUAACGUACUCUGGCUUAGCCCCAUCACGAUGGGCUAAUCUGCCUGAUCUAGCUCUCAUAAAAGAACGAAACAAACCAGAACAGCCACCAAGAAAGCCAAAGCAGGCUCCCUUCUUUCUCACUGCUGCUCCUACUCUUGAAGGCUUCGAAUUUGAAGUACCUCAAGAAGAUCAAGAUGAGAGACGACGAACGUUGCAAGCCAAGAGAAGUCUACUUGAGUUGGAGAGUUCAUUCAGUUCGAUGUUGAGAGCUGCAACAAGUUCUGAAGAUCUUCAAGAAGUUUUUCAAAGUUUAAAGAAGAUGUCCGUAUCAGCUAUAGAUUUCCAACUACGAACUCUACCAGCUGUUCUCUUGACAAAAUUCUUCAAGAUGCUCACUGAGGUACUAAAGACAAGAAGAGACUUUGAUCUAGUGCAAGCCUAUCUGGCAACAGCUUUGAAAAUCCAUAGAUCUGCAUUGUGGCAAGAGGAAGACGAUGCUCAAGAGGCGGACCAGCUGACGAACGCCUUAGAAGAGCUUUCUUUGGAACAAGAGCGCAUAUGGUCGGAGUACGAUAAAGUGAUGGUGGAGAAUGCUGCUGUCACGCAAUGGGUAAAAAAUGCUCUUAUAUAG